GUUGUCUUUAUUUACGUGUUCACUGAAUUUAUGUGAUACAGACGUACUGUAAGGAGCAAGCAACAUGCAAACAAAAAUGUUUUUAUAUUUGAUGUUCUUCAUUUUUGAAAUUUCUGCAGGUGCGACUGAAUUUCCCUGCAAAUUUCCUUCUCCAUGGCGCAAUAAAUUAUUUAAGUUAUACACGAGCGGAUUCAAUCCAGACUUCAUUUUUAGUGCUGAUGGUCUAACAAAUAAUAUUACUUGGCAUGGUUCUUUAGUAGUACAACAGCAAUGCUAUCAAAUAACAGAACGCUUUAUAAUUGCCAGGAAUUAUGCUAAUCACAAUUAUCAAUGUUACGUGAUCUUUUAUGAUAUUGAAAAUCCUCUGAAGUUUACUUUUGAAACUAAAGCUUUAGUUCAAUACCCAAACCAGUCAGGAGAAUUUGAAGAUAUAUGUACCGUUUGUGGAGGAGAUGGUGGUAUAAGCGAAGCUGUAGCUUCAGGAGCAGUGCAAACAUCACCUUCCGUAACAUCUGUUCCUUGUAAUCUACCAUCAACAUGUACCUCUGGAACUGGUACACUUUGUGCUAUGAGUGAUAUCAUACCAGGCUCCGCAGUGGGAACGACUGAAAGUCCGACUUCCAAAACCGAACAAAUAUCAACCGUAACUGAGGCAACAACAACAAGAACUGAACCAACAACAACAAUAACUGAGCCAACAACAACACUAACUGAGUCAACAACAACCAAAGAACCAACGAAACCUACAAGAAGGCACUGUAGAUGGAAAAAACAUCCACAUACCAAAUGAAAAAUGCAACAUUAUAAUAUGCAAAUAAAUUGAGUCCAACAAACUUUCAUAUCAAAAUUUCAUGGAAUAUUGCAAUUGUUGAAGGUAAAUCACCAGAUUAUACUUUUUGAGACAGCAUUUUUUUAUAAUUUGCCAAAAUGAAGAUUUUACUAUGCUCUUUUCAAAAUUUAAUAAAAAGUAUGGGUCACCGUCCUAUUUUUCAAGCUAUGAGUCGUUGAAAAUUGCCAAAAAUUGGUUAGUUUGUGCAUGAAAAUACACAUUAAUGGCAUAAAAAAAAAUCUAUGAAAUAGAAUUUUUAAAUAAAUUGUGAGAAGAGAGGUUUCAUAAUAUGUUUUUAGAAAAUAAAAAGAAAACAUGGUGUCACCGAACUUGUUUUUUUUGCUAUAAGUAAAAAUAAAAAAUUUCCCUAUUAGCCCAGUAUAAAUUUUGUACUAAAAGAGUUAUCUCCCCUUAAACGGCACAUUUGAAAAAAAUGAUUAUGAAACAAAAUAAAAUGAUAUUUUGUUAAAAUAUUUGUUAUAAUACGAUAAAUUAAUAAAUUAAUAAUCUAACCAUUGAGUUGAAAAUCUGUCUCCAAAUUUGCAGAUUAAGGCAAAUAAUUAGAUUUUGUACUGUGAUUGUACAAUCCAAGAUGGCGGUAUACCAUGUAUCUACCUUUACUUGUUACGUGGUUGGUUGUGUUUGAUUUUGUCAGUUUUUAUGGACCCCUUUUUUUUAAUUUAUAUGAGGAUUAAUCAAUGUAAAUAUAUAUUGAUUAGUGCUCAAGUGAGGUAUGCUAUGUAUAUUGAAACGUGUGUGGGUCAUUUUAUUUGGUUCAUUUAUUUUUUUCUUUAUAUUUAUUUUUAAUUUUUUUCCCAGAAAGAUUGCUCAUUAUCAUUUUAUUACUUUCCGAUUAUUAUUUCAUUCAUUAAAUUUUAGUGACGUAACGAACCUCGCAUUAGCAUCAAAAAUGUUUUCCCUUCUCAACCAAUCAGAGAGCUCGAUUGAAUUCCCGUGGAAAAUUUAGCUUGUGCAGAUAUUGUCUGCUAGAAAUCAUUCUCAGCCCAGACUUCCAGGUGUAUAGAUGUAAGGCAAAAAGGGGAAUUUUCAACAAUGUGCGCGAUAUUUUUGGAGGUGGUCUCUGUAGGAAUCACGCGCUAUUUUUCAUACUGAAAUAAGGGUUUUGAAGUAAAGGUGUUCUACAAUAGUUUUUAGAUAAGAAGUUCCCCCUCCUAUGAUUUUCAUGUACAUAUAUUAAAGCUGGCUGGUUUUUGAUCCCGGUUUGCAUUGGAGAUUUAGCGGUAAACUUUGAAUAUUUACGUGUUGGGGUUUUAUUUAUUUAGAAAGCGGUUCGCUGGUUAAGUUACGAGUUGAGUUUUUUUUUCAAAGUUCCUGAAUAAAAGUUGUCAGUUGGCGAAUAACGAGAUUCGGUUAACUGUUCCGCUGUUCAGUUGUUAAGGUUAAAGUUAUUUAUAAUUGUAAUAUUGUAGCGUUAAAAAGCGAAAUCCAUAUGCAAGUCCUGAUCAGAACGGCAGAGUGAGUCGUUAAAGGGAGAUAUUGAAAGAAAUCAUUUUUGGUCUAAAAAAUCUUGUUAUAGACUGCACAAAUAGACCAUUGACUCGCAAUCUGUAA